AUGUAUCGCUCAAAUCCAGUAGGAAACACCAUUGUAGAUGAGAUCAUCGAGAAUGCUAUAUUCACAGUUGGUGCUACAACCAAUGAUAUGUUGUUUAACUAUUAUGAUUUACCCACAAGGAGGGUGGAUUAUUCCUUGUCCGGUUACCAUGAUUUCCUUCUCAGUAAUCUUAAGACUUUUGUCUCGGAUCUUUAUAGAAUGGGAGCAAGACAGAUUUCGAUAACGGGUCUCCCACCGGUUGGUUCUUUGCCGAUUCAAGCGACGGUGGGUACCAUCCCACUGGGUCCAAACAUUCUACAACAUAAGUGUGUAGUUGAACAGAAUGAGGAUUCACAGGUCUACAACGCCAAGCUUCAAGGUUAUAUCACAAGGUGGGAAGCUACACUCCCUGGUGCUAAACUUGCUUAUGCGGACAUCUACACUCCCUUGAUGGACAUGAUUCUCUACCCCAAUAAAUAUGGUAAGUAUACAAUUAUUGUGAUUUAA